GCCAAUUUGCAUCCAUAAUAUACUUGAACAUUUUACAUACCAUAUUCUUAUUUCGUUCUCUGGAUGGAGACAGCUCUGAUGCCAGCCCUCAAGAUGUUUGCUCUGCGUGCCAAUAUUCUUAUGUCUUGCAUAUCAUGUGUGUCUAUGAUCCCCGAGGUUUUUCAGCCGAACGUCUCGAUCACAGCAGCAGUGGAUGGUUCGGUCACCCUGGAUUGCCACACCACUGCUGAUCUAGUUGUGGCCUGGUUUUGGCUGAAACAAACCCCAGGGCAAAAGUUGAUCCCUAUAGUUUCCACAUAUUACCAGGAGAUAAAACUUAAAGAAGAAUUUGUAAAUGAGUCAAGACUUCAAUUGAAAGUCGAAGGCAAUAAAUCUGCUUUAACAUUGACCAAGAUUACCUCCGCAGAUGCUGCCUUUUACCAUUGCGGUGUGGUACUGUAUGAGAAGCUGUACUUUGGAGGGGGAACUUUUCUGAAGGUUAAUGAUGCAAUGCCAGUUCAAGUCAUUCAGCAUCCCGUUUUAGACUCACAUCGUGUGGGAGAUUCAGUGACUCUUCAUUGUUCAAUUUUUGGUGAGAGUUGCUCAGGAGGGCAGAGUGUCUUCUGGCUUAGAUACAAACCAAGAGAGUCCCAUUCAGGAGUCAUUUACACUGAUGGAGGCAGUGAAGAUCAGUGUGAGAAGAUCUCUGUGACUGGAUCAUCUGUACAGAGUUGUGUGCACAAAGUCCCCAAAAGCGUCUUCGGUGAUGAAACUUACUUCUGCGGUGUGGUAGCAUGUGGAAAGCUAAUCAUUGGAAAUGGAACUAAACUGAAGGCUGAUGUUGUUCCCCAGAAAACAAUAAUUUAUAUAAUCACACCGCUCUGUGCUGUAUUAUUGAUAUCAGUGAUAGUAAAUAUAAUCAUGGUGCUGUUAUGGAGAAGAGCUACACACAAAGGUGUGGAUCAUUCAAAGCCUACAGCCCAGACUACGGAUAUAGACUCUGAAAACUAUGCUUCGCUGAAGUUUUCUCCAAACCAGCCUACGCAAAACAUGAAAAACCGUGAAGAGAGAACCUCUGUCAUCUAUGCAUCUGUCCGUCAGACAAGAAGCAUUAAACAAGGGUUUCCUCGUUCUUAAUUGUUAGCUUUUUUAAAAGUGCGCAUAAUAUCAACAUUAGAGAAAGGUGGGUUUUUGUCUUUAAAACGUAAACAUAAGUACAUUGUAAAACGUGUGUGUACACAAUACGUGCGUUGUACCAAAUGAUUUAUUUAAAUGUAAGUACAUGGUAGUUAACGCCACGUAAUAUAAAGUGGGACCAUGUCUUUUGUAGAUUUUCUUUGCUGUUGUCAAUAGGAGUGUGGUCAUCAUGUAAAUCAAUGUCUAAAUAUACAUUGUUACAUUUUAUUUGUAAACAUUAAAACAUGAGGAAAAAUACACAUCGUGAGUUUACAAUAACUUACCAUUCAGCACCAUGGAGAGAAGCAACAUUUUGUCUUUCAGUCCAAGCUGCUUGCCAUCGGAAACAAAAAACUGUUAAGUGUUAAUAACUAUGUUAUUAAAAACCACCCAAAAGUGACAGAAACCUGGAAAAGGAUAUAGUAGAUUUAGCAUGUGUUUGCUUGUAUGUAAUAUGUAUGCAGCAUUUUGCAAAUAUAUUGAAAUGUACUACUCGUCACCUCCAGGUGAUGGCAGUCAGAAAACACUAAUGCACACAAACACAGAUAUAUUCUUUAUCCACUAUAAACAUGUGUUAACAACGCCUUACGAUAGCUUCCAUUUGUGAACCUAAAUAUAUAACCUAUGUAACUUAA